AAUGACCCUCCAUAUGGUUCGAUCGUCAUGGUGGUCACUGACGGUAAAGAAAACAUGGAGCCCAACCUGACGAGCAUGAUUCCAAGCCUCGUGAAUUCCCUCGUUGAAGUGAGCGCGUUUGCACUCGGAACCGCUGCAGACCCCAAGCUCGAAGAACUGGCAGCUGCAACGAACGGCAGGGUGUUCUAUUUCCCGGACAGUCAAAAAUUCGCUGCCGUCCACAUGGAAGUGGCCCUUCAGACAGCCAGCACACCCGGAAUGGUGGAUUCCGCAUGGCCCAUUAUGGUUUUGCACGACGAAAGAAACUUCACCAAUGAGAUCAGUAUCGAAUUCCCCAUCGAUAUUGGUUUGACAAAGAAAGCAACAGUCUUAACUAGAGUUAGUGCGGAGAAAAAUAUCCACACAUGGCUUAUCGACCCUCAUGGAAAGAACUGCACAAGCUGCCGUACGGUUGUGAUUAGUCACGUGGUCCAUAUAACCAUACCGGACCGAGCACAGCCGGGUAUUUGGACGCUUCGGGUCAAAAGUGCCAACAAUGAUCCUAUGGACAUCAACGUGAGAGUAAUGGCACGACCGGAAGACAACACUGAACCCAUUAUUACCGCCGGCCAAAUGACAAGUAUGGACCCUCCCCAAAAAUCCGCUUUUGUCGUCAUUGUCGACGUCACCAAAGGGAAGAAGAUUGUUUUGAAGGCAAGGGUUGUGGCGUACAUAACUGACCCGCAUGGUCGAUUGACUACCUUGACACUUCACGACAACGGCAAAGGGGCCGAUGUGUAUCCCGAUGACGGAAAGUACAGUGGAUAUUACACCAAAUUUACUGGAGAAGGAAGGUACGCCGUGAAGGCACGCGUGAACGGUAAGGAGACGAGGAAAUCCUGCUGCGCAACUUGUUCUGGAAGCGCCAUUACACCCCGCAGGUUGUUGACGUUACCAUCUGGGCAUUGCGAACCGGGCUCUGAAUAUGACGUAAGCUGCUUUCCAAACAGCAACGGAACUUUCAAGCCGGCCCCGCCACCACCAGGGGAGCCAAUCGGCCCUUUCCAGAGGGAGGUCGACCUAGGAUCAGUCAAUGUGCCGUAUGAUCUGCACGAACACAUGGUGCCUCCAAUGACUGUCAGGGACCUAUAUGUUUCUGAGGCGAGACCAGGAGAAAACGGCACUCUUCUGGCGAACAUGACCUGGACAUGGCCAGGGAAGCACAUGGACCAUGGAACUGCGUCGUCAAUCGAUAUCCGAGCGAGCAAAGACUUCAAAGGCCUGGACGACCACUUCGAGUCCCAAGUGCAGAUCGACUCAACGAGCUUGGUUCAAGGCGACUUGAUACCUAGACCGGGAGGGACGACUCACGUUGUAACGAUCUCGCUUACACGUGAAUGGGCCGAGGAAAGAGAAAAUUUCACAAUGUGGAUAGUGAAGUUUGCUCUUAGAGUGAACAACAGCUACGGCCUGAUGUCUGGGUUAUCAAACAUAGCGCAGUUGUCCUACGACGAUUGGUUGAAAACUGGAGCUGGCUACCAUGGCAACAAGUACACCUCAAAGGUUCCAGAAGGCCUGCCGGCCAGGCCCACGACAGCUGGGAAAAGUAGCCCGAAAUCCACGCAAGACAACUCUGCCGAGAAUGACAGUGAUGACGGCACUUCAUCGACGUCACUAAUUCCAUGGCUUCUGGCUCUUCUUGUGGCAGCAGUAGUGGUGGGUUCCGCUGCGCUGUGGAUUCUCAAAAGAAGCAAGGGUGGAAGCGAUACUGGAGUUGGAGACAAGGGUGUUACAGAACUGGCUGAGACAAGUGCGCCAUCAUGAAAG